AUGGCUUUGGCAGCCGGUCCCGCGGAUGGGAGCCCUUCCAGAUACAUGCCCGUGGCCAUGACACCGGGAAUGCACCUGCCAGGAGGUGCAGCUGACCCCGCGGCCAUUGCGCGGCAACGCUUCGGCUAUCUGGGGCGGUUGCCGCCGCCCGAAUCGAUCCGAAGCCGGCAAUCGGAGAUUGCGGCGCAGCUGACGCGGGCGUUGAGCGAAGGUCAGGCGGCCCUAGAGCGGCAGCGCCAGAGCCAGCAAGCGCAGCUCGAGGAGUUGCAAAAGCAGCAGAAGACUAGAUUUCUACUCGCACUGGAUGCGCAGGUGAAGGCUGAUGAGUACGCCCUCAGCAAGGACCACAACGAGCAGCUGAUGCGACUCCAGCAGGAUGCACAGCGGAAACGUGCCCAGCUGGAGCAGCAGGCCACGAGCCUCGUUCUCGAGUUCCAGCAGCGGAAGCUGGAAGAGGAGUUCUACGCCCAGCAGCGAGACAUUCAUCGCCAGCAUGAGGAAGUGCAAAGCAGGUUGGCCACCGAGCUGCAAAAGCUCCUUGCACCAGGCAAGUCGGGUGGCGACGCACUUUGGGCGGCGCCCCAGCGCAAUCAGAUGCCGCGCGUGAACUCAGAGGGGCCCAGACGGAUCAGCUCUUUUCGGCCACUGUCACGUGUGCCGCUCUCCGCCUCACCCAGUAUGCAGCUGCCUGUUGGGAGCCUUCUGCAUCG